GCCUCAUCACCAACUUUGCACACGGCAACCUCAUAGCUUAUUUAGUAACUACAAGGGGCGCGAUCAACACUUCGGCAUCCUCAUCAAAUCCAACCUUACGACCUUGUACUCUGCCGGUACCGCCGCGCAUCCAUCCAAUCCUCUACAACCUCAAAUCUCACCACCCGACACCACCACCACCACCAACAAAACCAAAAGCACAAUGUCCCGCCGCCUCCUAACCCUCACCCGCCCCCUAUCGGGUCUCUCCAGCCUCUCCAGCCUCCCCAAAACCACAACCCGCUUCUCCUCCUCCUUCCUCCAACGCGGCCCCGCCCCUCCCCGUCUUCCGGCAGACCAACAAGCCGAAUUCGAGCGUCUCCAAGCCGCCGCCGAAGCCGCGCUGUACACCCACGUCCAAGUACCUCCCUCUACCACAACCAGCACUACGCCAUCGUCACCAGAGAACAACUCCAAGCAUGUCACCGAGCCUGCCGCCAUCAAGGAGAACAACAACACAGUAACAGUAGCGGGCGUAGAAGCCCCGGUGGUGAUCGAAGACGCAUCGCAAACCUUCAGCGGCGGGAUUCGCAAGGGGGCACCGCCCGAGUUUGAGGGCGAUAAAAAUCCCAAGACGGGGGAGAUCGGGGGACCCAAGAAUGAGCCGUUGCGGUGGGGCGCCGGUGGGGAUUGGAGUUAUAAUGGACGGGUUACGGAUUUUUAG